CCCCAAAGCCCCCUGCCCAAGAACCAGAGGACUCCUUUAAUGACACAAAAACCCUCCACCAAAUCUUUUCACUUCGUGGUUCCCUUUCGCUGCCCUCCAACCCCAUCUAUGAGAAACGCCGUCGUUUAGUUCCCACCAGUCGCACCAGCGGGACCUUUCAAACUGGCCAAGAUUCUGCAAUGUUGAAAAUUUUGCAAUAGCUCAUGUUUAUAGCUGGGAUUUUUUCCCUUCCUAAAGCUCCUGUAUUUUGUUGAAUGUUGGUGUAUGAAACUCACUGAGGUUCUACAAAGUUUUCUGAAGAAGUAUUGGGGAUAUAGGGGAACCGUCUGAAUAUGGAGGCAAAUUCUCUGAUUCAUAAACCCAAAAAGCAGAAACUGAAUGAAGAACAAGGCAUUUAUGGGAACAGAGAAAGCUUAAUUAGUAAAUUACCUGAUGAUGUUCUUCUACACAUCCUUUCCUUUCUUUCCACGAAAAGUAUUAUUAGGACGAGUGUACUUUCUAAAAGGUGGGAAUUCCUUUGGACUUCUAUUCCCAAUCUAUAUUUUGGAAAACCUUUGCCUGCUAAUAGAACACUUCACAUGAAUUUUGUGGAAAGAGCGCUCUAUCUUCGGGACGACUCUGAUAUAAAAGGAUUCUUUCUCAACAUUGACGUGCAAUGUGAUGUAUCUCGUGUUAAGUCAUGGAUCACUGCUGCAGUAAGGCAUAAUGUUCAAAAUUUGCAUAUCCGCCUUCAGGACUUGGAAGGACAAUUUUCAUUGCCUCAGAGUGUGUUUACUUGUGACACACUGAAAUGCUUAGUCCUUGAUAUUCCAUGUAUCCUCCAAGUUCCUCCUAUAAACUGUUUCUCAAAUCUAAUUGUGUUAAGACUUGAAAGUGUUGAUGAUUACACAACCCAGCAGCUCUUUUCUGGUUUGCCAAUCCUUGAGGUGUUGUAUUUAAUGGAAUGCAGAUGGGGGUGUCUCAAAGUUUUGAGGAUUUCUGCCCCCAAGCUUCAUUCUCUAACCAUAACUGAAGCUGAUCUGUGGAAACUGAGUGAUUGUGAUGGUCUGAGUGAUUGUGAUGAUCACCGUGAUUUUGAAGGUUGUCGUAUUAUGAUUUUUGGAGCUAAUAUCAAAUGUUUUUUUUACACCGGUGAAUUCUUAAAUGAAUAUUGGUUGUACAACUCAUUCUCACUAGAAAGGAAAUUGAUGUUACUCAGUCUAAUGUUUCUUACUGUUAUAAGAGGACAAGACAAGUUGCUUACCGCAUGCUGAAGGUUCUUAUAGGGAUUGCUAAUGUAAAAGACCUAAGACUAUACCAUUUUGCAGAUGAGGUUCUAACAUAUGCACCAGAACUCCUACCGACUAUUCCUAUCUUCAAUAACCUAAUGUAUUUGAAAUUGGAGUGGGGAAAUCUUGAUUCUGGAGCACUAUUGAAGAUAUUGCAAAACUCUCCCAAUCUUGAGAGGCUGAAAUUUUCAGAGGUAAUUUCACUGGACUACAAUGUUUAUUACUAUCACAAAUCUUUCCAUCCUGUUGCAGAUAUACCAUGAUGUCUAAAACAUUUAAUUUGCAUUGAAAUUUAGUAGAUUGAUGAGUGCUCUGAUUAUAAUAAAGAUGAUAUACUAUUGGAUCCUAUGCCGCCAUGUUUCUUGUCCACUCUCGAGUGCAUUGAAGUCGGUAAUUAUGAUGGAUUUGAGAAUGAACUUGCUGCUGUAAAGAUUUUACUCAAGAAUGCAAUGGCCUUGGAUGAAAUGGUUAUAACUUUUAAAGAGUGUGAUGCAGGAAACUUCGAGAUGCAAGAAAAACUAUACAAGCAGUUAAUAGAGUUCGCUAUAGGGUCACAAAAUUGUAAAAUCAUUUUGAAAUGACUUGUUUUUUGGAACACUUACUCUUCGGAAAAGCCUUUAAUUCCUGGUUUUUUGGAAGAUUUAAAAGUAUGACUUGUUAGCCUUUUACCCUACCUAGGCAACUUGAUGUUGGUUUAUGUUCUUUGUGAAAAUUAGUUUUGAAUCCUCCAAACUUGUAAAGCUUAUGCUAAUUUCAUAUGUUCAGUGUUUUUUGUUUCUUUUUGUUUUUCUCUCCGAUUGGGUCUUGGAAAAUCAACUGCAGGCUUUGAUUGUUGGGUGUAUUGGUAGUUUUUAAAGUCAUUUAAAAACAAUAUUCCCGAUUUG